GUUUACCUUCUGAAGUUGGCCGCGAACACGAUUCUUGAUACACCGUCACAUUGGGGGCUCCUUUAUUUCUUAGUUGUCUGUCAGCAGUAAGCUAUGCAAAAUGAACGUGGAAUACAUGCAGGUGUUGUAUGGAGUGGAAGAGCCAUAUGACGUGCAGCCAGCUGUCAAAGCAGAACAGUCAGACCCGAAAUCAACCAAAAAGAGGAUCAGGAGCACGACGCCGAGGGAGCGGAAGGGAGUCGGUACACCAGGGAGGCGAUGUGUGUCUGCAGCAUGGAAAUACUUUACUUCCAUCACACCAAGGGAAGCUAAAUGUAUGCUUUGCAAAAAGACAAUCAAGGUCGCUGGAGGCACCUCAAACCUGCGCUCACAUUUAAAGAAGUGGCACAAUUCCGUGUUUACACAGUUGGACAAGGCCUCCAAACCAGAUAAAACCGAUGAUAUCACUAUUUUCAUUGGGGAGGUGGUUGAUAAUCCUGAUCGCAUUCCUGAAUGUGGAAGAUCUGAAUUACCAACUGAUGAAUGUCUGCCAUCCACCAGCAAAGCAAGUCGUUGCAGCAAAGGUACUAAAAGACAGAUCACCAAAGAGGAUACCAGUGCUCGAGUGAAGAGUUUUAAACCUGGUGGUAAGCUUGAUGCUGUAAUUACUGACGCUAUUCUAUACAUGGUCUGUAAGGAUGCUUUGCCGCUCUCAGCAACCGAGAAUGAAGGCUUGAAGUUUCUUCUAAAGACGACAGUUCCUCUGUAUGAAGCGCCUGGCAGAAAAAAGAUAACCAGUCUACUAGCAAAGAAAAACAGUUCAUUAAGGGAAUUGGUUGAACAACAGCUAUCACAAGCUACGUGGGUGUCAGUAACUGCAGACCAGGCAUCAGUGACAACCAAAGGAUACCUAGUUGUCAGUGGGCAUUACAUUGAUUCUGGAUGUCCCCAAAAUGUUUGCCUUGGUGUUGCGAAGCUAACACCUGGUCGUACGGGUGAGCAAAUAGCCAACGAUUUGACUCAGAUUCUGCAUUCGUGGAACCUUGAGACCAGGAAGAUCUGCUCCAUCACCACAGAUGGCGGAGCAAACAUUAUUGCUGCCGUCCGGAAGCUCAUGGGUGGCGAACAUAGCCAUAUACCCUGCUUGGCUCAUCUGAUUAACCAGUGUGUCUGCCAGGCGCUGUCACAGUCAGACAAGGCCACAGCUGUCAUUGAAAGGGUAAAGCAAAUUGUAGCAUACUUCCAAAGAAGUAUCAGUGCAUCAGAUGCACUAUGUGAGAUGCAGUGUCAGAAUGGUGUGUUGGUGCCAUUGGAGCUUAUCGAGGCAGUGGUGACCCAAUGGAACAGCACGUUCUACUUGCUGGAGCGCUUCAACCAGCUGGCUGGAUGUAUAAGCAAAGUUUUGGUCUCAGGGGACCACUGGACUGCUCCUCCAAAGCUGACAGCAGAGGAAUUGGCAGUUGUCACUGAUUUGGUGACAGUUCUCAGACCUUUUGAGAGGGCCACCAGGGAGGUCUCUGGUGACAAGUUCAUCACUGCCAGCAAAAUUCUUCCAAUUGUGAACUGUCUUCAGAGGGCCGUUGCAAAUGCAUCUUUUGUCAGUGAGGACGCCAUGGCUCUCAAUGAUGCUCUGCUGGACCAGAUUGGGCAAAAGCUUCUCCCACUGGAGGACAACAACCUACUCGCAUCUGCUACUGUGAUGGAUCCUCGUUUCAAGAUGAUUCAUUUUCGGUCUCUCAUCAAUAGCGAUAAAAUUUUGCAGUGGAUUUCUCGAGAGAUGCAAGCAUUAACCCAUGGUGAUGCUUCUGAGGACAAAAACACCCACCAGAGUGAAGUUGAAUCCAACGUGGAUGACUCAUUGUGGGAAAUCCACGAUCAGUUAGCAAAACAGACAGCUACCGCAGUGGAACUCCCACCGGGAUCAUCAGCUGAGCUGCAUCCUGAACUGAAGCUCUAUUUGAACAUGCCCACAGUGCCUCGAGCAGAGUGCCCGCUGAGGUUGUGGUUGGACCUUGAUAAAACUUUUCCAACACUAUCUCGUCUUGCUGGUAAGUAUUUAACAGCGAUGGGCUCAGCAGUCGCCUCAGAGCGCAUUGUUUCCCGCCUGAAUGCUACUCCAACUGACUUGCGAAGUAGCUUGUCUCCAGCACAUAUCAAUAUGCUUGUAUUUUUGAGUUCACUUGAACACAAGACAUGGCUUGGUGGAGACUGAACUCUCUCUCAAAUAACUUUGAUUUAGAGCAAUUAUUUUGGUGUCCUUUAUUUUUACCAUAAUUCACAUGGCCUUUGUUGUCUGUUGCUGAUACUCCCCCUUCUUUCAUUCAUUUGUCUAUUUUUAGUGAUAACUUUUUUCUUUUAUUAUUAUUAAAAAGGACUUCUUGCUCUUUCUUUUGUAUGUUACAAAAUAAAGAUAAUUUGUACUGUU